CAGGGUGAGCGCAGGAUCACUGCUCCAGGGAAAAAUGUUCAGGGAAAUGGAGUCUGACAUUCCCAGCAGCAAAGACUCUGAUGAUUCGGGGGACUGUGAAGAUGAUGAAGAGGAAGAUUUAAGUGACAGUCUGUCAGGCUCUGGCAGUACCCUGGACACUGACUCUGAUAAUGAUGAUGAGGAUAGUAAAGAUGAAGAAAUGGAUACUGACACAGAGAGCCACACCGAGAGCAUGCCACUUAAACUCACUAAAAGCCCAAACCCUUUGGCAGACCCUUCUACUGGCAAGAUCAGCAGCUCCAGUUCACUUAACCUGCAAAUCCAUGAACCUGCUCAGGUUUUGCAAACUUUGAAAAGAUCUUGGGAUCCGACCAAUCACAGCACCCCAGGCUCAUCAUGUGUGGUCACACCCCCAGCAAAGAGAAGAAGAGUGACCGAUGAGCAGGCACUGCGUAGACCUCUCGAACAUGGGUGGAAAAGAGAGACCCGCAUCAGGAAUAUCUGUGGGCGUGUGCAGGGAGAAGUGGCCUACUACGCUCCCUGUGGCAAAAAACUAAAAAAAUGCCCAGAUGUUAUGAAGUACUUAGCCAGAAAUGGAAUAAGUGAGAUCACACGUGACCAUUUUAGCUUCAGCGCUAAAAUAAGGGUUGGCAACUUCUAUGAAGCUCGAGAAGGACCAGAGGGUUUGCAGUGGUGCUUGCUGAAAGAGGACGAGGUUGUUCCCUGUAUCUUGGCAAUGGAGGCACAUAGAGGUCAUCCUAAGAGUCUGGAGCUCCAGCGUACUGAUGAUGCCUUCCGUUCUCACCAAAGGAAAAGAAGACCACUUAGUAUGGGUGAGACUGAUGUGGCUAAUGCUGCAUUGAUUAAACUACAACGGAAACUGGAGGCGCAGGAAACUGCACGGCAGGCUGCUCAGAUAAAGAUGAUGCGAAAGCUGGAAAAAAGGGCUCUUGCACAAGCUGCUAAAGAGGCCAAAAGGCAAAAAGCCCUGCUGGUAGCAGAGGAGAAGCGCAAGCAGAAAGAGCAGCUGAAGAUUCUAAAACAGCAGGAGAAGGUCAGGAGACUUGAACAAGUUCGUGUCGAGAAGGAGCUUCGAGCUCAGCAGAUACUUGAGGCCAAAAGGAAAAAGAAGGAGGAGGCCAUCAAUGCAAAAACACUAGAAGCUGAGAAACGAAUGAAGGAAAAGGAACUGCGCAGACAACAGGCAUUCAUUCUGAAGCAACAGGAGCGGGAGAGACGAAGGCAGCACACGAUGCUGAUAAAAGUCAUGGAGGCUCGGAAGAGAGCUGAGGAACGAGCACGUCUGAAGCAGGAGAAGAGAGAUGAGAAACGCCUAAACAAAGAGCGCAAACUGGAGCUCAGACGGCUGGAGCUAGAGAUUGUUAAAGAGCUGAACAAACCCAAUGAAGACCUGUGUCUGUCAGAUCAGAAGGCUCUGCCUGAGCUGUCGCGGUUACCAGGUCUUCUGUUACCAGACAGCUGUUUUGGGGACUGCCUGAUGGUGAUGCAGUUCCUGCGCUGCUUUGGGAAGGUGCUGCAUUUGGACCGCAGCACUAAGCUGCCCACCCUUCACAUGCUGCAGGCAGGACUCCUCAAUCUGAGCCCCAGUGUAGUUCAGCUGCAGGAUCUGCUCAUUGGCCUGCUCUCUUCUGCAGUGUGUGAUCCAGGCUUUCCAGCAGGAUCAAUGGCUAAAACAGCUCUUGGUGAGCAUGUUUCCAGUGUGGAGAUAAACCAGGAGAACAUGUCAGAGAUUUUGCAGAUCUACAUGGCCACUCACUGCAGUCAGACGGAGCUCUCACCGUUGGUAGAGAGUUUAAAGACCAAAGGCUUUCAAGCCCACACCCCCUCUCAGAAAGCCGCCAUGAUGGCUUUCUUGGUCAACGAGCUGGCCAGCAGCAGGAGUGUGGUUGCGGAAAUCGACAAAAGUAUUGACCAUAUGACAAACUUACGGAGAGAAAAAUGUGUCAUUGAGAGUAGCCUUCGCAAACUGAGAAGCAUCUAUGCUAAGCGGACUGGGAAGCGUGAUAGCAGUGUAGGAGGCGAAGAGAGUCUGGCUUUGGGAACACCUAACACUGGUCACAGACGCAAGAGAAAGGUUGGAGGCAUUGAGGAAGAUGACGAUGAGGAUGAUGACAGUAAUGACCAAGGAGAGGAGGAUGAGGAUGAAGAGGAAGAUGGAGGGAAGAAACGCAAGAAAAAUGAUACAUGUGAGGAAGAGGAUGAUGAGGAUCAAACAGCCAGUGUGGAGGAGCUAGAGAAACAGAUAGAGAAAUUAACCAAGCAACAGCUUCUUAUCCGCCGUAAGCUGUUCGAGUCCUCACACUCCCUGCAAUCAAUGAUGUUAGGGCAGGAUCGCUAUAAGAGGCGCUACUGGGCCCUUCCUCAGUGCGGAGGGGUGUUUGUUGAGAGUACAGUGAGUAGAGAGGAUUCACAAGGGGUUCAGCAAGAGUCAGAGAGGUUACAGAGUGCUCAAGGGAUUUCAGUGAAAGAGGAACCCACAGAGGUACCUGCUAAGAAACCUUAUGACAGCCCACAGGCAAAGCUUGAAAAUUCCUGUCUGGAUCUACACCAGGAGAAUGGCUCGUUCAAUCUGUUCCUGCAGAAGCCAAGUUCUUUUUCCAAGCUGAGCAAAAUGCUAGAGGUCGCAAAGAAGUCCGGCAGUGAUCCUCAAGGUGCCAUUUCCACUGUUCCCCACUUAUAUACAAACACUUCAACAAUGUUACCCAACAGCGCCUCUACUAAAUUAAACCAGGAAAUUAAAUCUGAAGUCAGCACUCUUUUACUAAGCCCUGUCCUCGCUGUCAACCGGCAACAUCAUCUACAUAGUGACCAACUCUAUAGGACUCUGGCAGAGAAACGUGCUCACUGGUUCAGCCUGCUGCCACGUUCACCAUGUGAUGAGUUCUCUUUGACAACCAGUUCUACAAAUCCAUCAUCCUGCAGUGCCAAAGCCACAUCACCUGCCACAAGUAACAGCAUGACCCAGUCCACCUCCGCUUUCUCCUCCGGCAACAGCCAGAACAUCACCUCUUCUGUCAGCCCUUCUGCUACUGCACCAGUCAGUAACUUUUUAAUAGAAGGACUUCAGAUGAAGCACAUGAUGGGCCUGCCAUUUCCUCUCUGGCAACCUGAAGUAAUAAGUCCAAAUAUGACCUUCAAGGGCAUGUCCAUAUGUUCCACACUAGGGGACCCCCUCCUGACCCCCAUUGUGGACACCAGUAAGAGUGAGUCCCCAGUACCAUCGGGUGAGAAAGCCCCUGUUCUAGAAAUGGCCAAAAGCCAGGACCUCCCCUCCCCACAGCUUAUUCCAAAAGAGAUGCACACUGGGUGGUGGAAGGUGUCUAGCUCUGAGGAGUUAAGCCGUAUAGUGAGUGCCUGUCACCCUCGUGGGAUCAGAGAGAGAGUUCUACAGAAACAAAUACAGAAACACAUGGAGUACCUCACUCAAGUCUGUGCCAAGAACAAAGAUGCUGCUGUGAUUGAUGUACGUGAGCUGGAGCAGAGCCAGGUGUGUGUGGAGACUGUGCAGAGAUGGUGUGUUGAGGAGCAUGCCAUGGAUAUAGACAUUGCUGUGCUGCAACAGGUGGAAGAGCUGGAGCGCAGAGUCACCUCCGCCAGCCUCCAGGUCAAAGGCUGGAAGCCGACAGAGCCACAGUCGGAGAGGGAAGACCUGCUCUAUUACGAGCACAAGGCUGUGGGCAAGAAUGAAAGCACAGACAUUGUGCGACACACAAAUAACCCACUGGACAUAGCAGUGGCGCACCUGUUCGAGCUGGAGCGGAACAUUGAGAGAAGGUACCUGAGGAGUCCCUUAAGCACCACCAUCCCGAUCACUCUGGAUAACCGGGGUAUGGUUAGCAUACUGUCUCCCGCAACAACAGCUAGUGCCGAGUGUGAUGGAGUUGGAGAAGACUUGGCCCCAGGGAUGAAGCUGUGGAGGAAAGCACUCCGUGAAGUGCGUAGCAGUGCCCAGCUUUCACUCUGCCUACAGCAGUUACAGCGCUCUAUUGCAUGGGAGAGAUCCAUCAUGAAAGUGUACUGCCAGUUAUGCCAGAAGGGGGACAAUGAAGAGCUGCUGCUGUUGUGUGAUGGCUGUGAUAAAGGAUGCCACACUUACUGUCAUAAUCCCCAAAUCACUACUAUCCCUGAGGGAGAUUGGUUCUGCCCUGCCUGCAUAGCCAAGGCAAGUGACUUGCCUCAGAAGAGUAAGAAGCAGGCCAGUCGGAACAGUGGAGGGGGCGAAAAACUGUCUGGAGGCAAACGCAGCAAGAAAGCCUGUGUGACAGGAGAGGACUCGGAGAACGAUACAGCCAGCACCAGUGCCAGCAGCACACCCAAGAAAGGAGGAAAGGAAACAAGAAAGAGAAAAAUGGAGGACAACCUUUGCACAAACAACACUAAGCAGGAGAGCGCAACACAAGUUACAAAUUAUAAAAUAAUCCAAGACAACAGUAAAGACCUAGAGCUCUGCAGAUUGCUUUUGGCAGAGCUGCAAACUCAUCAGGAUGCUUGGCCGUUUAUGACACCUGUCAAUCCUAAAUCAGUCCCUGGAUACCGCAAAGUCAUCAAGAAACCCAUGGAUUUCUCCACCAUUCGGGAGAAACUUUCCAACAGCCAAUACCUGAAUCUGGAGACAUUUAUCAUUGAUGUUAACUUGGUUUUUGAGAACUGUGAAAAGUUCAAUGAGGAUGAUUCUGACAUUGGACGUGCAGGACACAGUAUGAGGAGGUUUUUUCAGCGAAGAUGGACUGAGCUCUUGAAACAAAUAAACUAAAACUGGCUGAAAAUCUUCUGAAACCUUUAACUGACUACUGAAAACUGCUGCUUUACAUUUGUGAUCAAGCAAGUCUUCAUCUUCAAAUUUAUGAUUUACCCACUCACUUCACUGGUUUUCAUCAUAAGCCAAAAGUACAAGCAUUUCAGCAAGUCCUCAUGCUGAUAUGAUGUGGCAUGAUCACAUUAAUCCAGUGUUUCAGAUAAUAUAGGGUGUCUCUUCAAGUGCAAUACAAAUUCUGUUUCUUUACAGAACUUUUAUUAAUUAUAGCUGGGACUGACGAGAGCUUUCCACUCUGUAAAAAUAUAGUUGAUGUUUUUCUCUUUUUUUUUUUUUUUUAUUUUUGUUUUUUAAUAUAAGCUUUACUAUUAUAGUGAAUGUAUUGUAUUUAUUUUUUUUUAUUAUUUAUAAUUCAUUUGGUAUUCUUUUUCUAUGAAAAGGAAGAAGAUUUUAAAAAUGCAUUAAAGCAUUUUUACUGAAAUAUAUCUAUUAAAAAAUGUUUACACCGUUAGGUGCUUUUAAUUGUACCAGGAAACACAUCACAGUAUUGCUGUAAAACUGAAUUAGCAAAAAAUGUUUUGACCAUUGAAGAACAGAGACCAUUAGAGGUGUGUGUGUGUGUGUGUGUGUGUGUGUGUGUGUGUGUGUGUGUGUGUGUCUACAUGUCUAACAAUAUGUAUGUGUGCAAUUUUGCAAACAUGUUCUUUGCCAUUUUUUUCUGUUGUCUUUUAAGUAGCAUACAUUUAAAAUCUUAAGUUGAUGAAGAAAAUAAGAAAAAAAAAGAUCAUAGUUCAUACUGGGACUAAAUCGAAAUGCCAGAAUACACAAAAGUAUGAAUGAUCUACAGGACAGAGUUGAAAAUUAGCAUAGUGUUGAGGUAUAGUGUUGAGCUGUGGGGUGUAAAUUCUGGUUCAAGCAUAGGGUUGAUGUUUAGGAGCAUGGCGCAUACAGUGAAAGUGUAACAUUAAGGCAUAUCAUGACAUUAAAGUGUAGACAUGAGGGUUGAAACAUAGUAACAAAUUUUAGUUCAAGUAUGAGUUUUAUAUUUAGUUCAAGUUAGUGCAUAAUGUUGAUACAUGAGAUGUAGUACUUUUAAUAAUAAGCAUUCCAACAAAGUACCUUUAUAGACAUCCAGAUAUAGAUCUAGGAGCUCCAGGUACAGUGACAACAGUAGCAUGGAAGGACUUCCUGAGAACCUUGAAACAGCAGGAAGAAGUAUAUGUUAAUAGGGGUCUUGAUAAGAACGUAGUACGGUUCAUGGCAGCAGUUUUUGGAAUGUGCAAGUCCGUAGAGAAUCCAGGUGAUGAUAUCCACUGCAGCAGCAAUGUGAAACAUAAGCUUAGGUUUGCAUGGGUAUCUAACUGAGGAUGGGUCAAUUAAAACCGCAGAUAAUUCUGAGAUGAAUGAGCAAGAACAAAAGCUGAUUAAUGUAUGCAUGGUCUUGAUGCUCUAGUGUUGCCACUGUGCAAGUGGAGACUCUGCCCACCAUAGGGAUGACAGCAUAAAUAAAAGGUAGCACCAGGACACAGCAAAAGUACCACAAAUGCAAGGACUCCUUGAGACAUCAGCAUCCCGAGAGGGCACCGUCAACAAAUCUGAUGAUUAUAUGAGAGCGGUAGGGCAACAGCACCAACAUCAAGUUUAUGGCAAAGCUCUACGUCUAAUAAAUCCUAGAUUUGCAUCUUCAUGUGGAACUAAGCCUAGAAUUAAAGAAUGAGGGUGUCUCCAAAUCCAAAGCAUACUAGAAAGGCUAUUUUAUUGCUGGGGAACUUCUUAUUAAAUGAAAACACUAAUAAAGGCUGCAUUCUGGACUAACUGGAUGUGCACCAAGUGGAACAUCCAGGAUUACAAUAGCCCAACCAAAAGUAAUGAAGGCAUGAACUAGUUUUUUCUGCAUCCUGUAAUGAUGACAUGUUCCUGUCUUGUUCCCAGGAUAGCUGUUGGAUCCACUGUGUCUAAGGUGACAGUAGUUACAGAAGAUAAAUGGAUUAAUUGAUUACAUUCCUUCAUCUUCAGUAGGCACUUUAUCAUGGUCCGUGUCACAGUGGAACCGGAUGAUCCAGAGCCUAGGCCUGUAACAUUAGGUUCAAGGUGGGAAUACACCCUGGAUUUUAUGCCAUUGCACCAUGCACACACUUACACUUAGGGAAACAUUAGUCAGGUCCUUCCAGUAUGUUUUUGGGAGAUGGAAGGAAACCUGAGAACCUAGAAGAAACCCACACAGACAUGAGAACAUGUGAAACUCCACACAGACAGUAACUGGGAUUGACAUGGGGGAACCUGGACUGUAUAAUUGGAUGAAUGAAUGUUUUAAAUUUAUAUAUAGUCACUGCUAUAGACUGUUGGCAUCAGUGUUUCAGUGGCUGUCUGGCUCUUGGCUUUUCUAUUUUUUAUUGUACUGAAUAAAAAUUUAUCAUUGUUUUUACUGUCUUCUACUCAAAUGGAGUAGUAUGUUGUGAGGCAAACCUGCUCUGACUUGAUAAAAAGACAGAUCCAGACAUCCGACUCCAGUGAACUCCUUGGACCAGUUCUAUGGCCUAGACUGUAUAUUCUUCUUCACUAUUUUAGUAUUGUUUUAGUAUUGGGUAUUGUUGACUACCUCAUAUACUGUAUAUUACAUAUUACAUCUAGACUGUUACUGUUUAAUACAAAUUCUGAAAUAGUUUUACUGUUUAAAUGUAAUAAAAAUGCAACUUUAAUUAAAAAAACAA